AUGAGGUGUCUGGUCUUCGUUCUGCUCAUCGGAGCUGCCUUUGCCACGGAGGACGAUAAGAUCGUCGGAGGCUAUGAGUGCACGCCCUACUCCCAGCCCCACCAGGUGUCCCUGAACUCCGGCUACCACUUCUGUGGCGGCUCCCUUGUCAACGAGAACUGGGUGGUGUCCGCUGCUCACUGCUACAAGUCCCGCGUGGAGGUGCGUCUUGGUGAGCACAACAUCAGGGUCACUGAGGGAAACGAGCAGUUCAUCAGGUCGUCCCGCGUCAUCCGCCACCCUCGCUACAGCUCCUACAACAUCGACAAUGACAUCAUGCUGAUCAAGCUCAGCAGUCCUGCCACUCUCAACCAGUACGUGCAGCCCGUGGCCCUGCCCACCAGCUGUGCCCCUGCCGGCACCAUGUGCAAAGUCUCCGGAUGGGGCAACACCAUGAGCUCCACUGCCGACAAGAACAAGCUUCAGUGCUUGGACCUCCCCAUCCUGUCCGACAGAGACUGCGAGAACUCUUACCCUGGUAUGAUCACUGACGCUAUGUUCUGCGCCGGAUAUCUUGAGGGAGGAAAGGACUCUUGCCAGGGUGACUCCGGUGGCCCCGUGGUGUGCAACGGCCAGCUGCAGGGUGUUGUCUCCUGGGGCUACGGAUGUGCUGAGAAGGACCAUCCUGGUGUCUACGCCAAGGUCUGCAUCUUCAACGACUGGCUGGAGAGCACCAUGGCCAAGUACUAA